AUGAAGGAACUCUGGAAUACGCUUCUAACUGGACUUAGCUAUAAUAGCAAGGACAUUCCGUUUGCACUGUUAUACUCGUUCGACGAGCAACUUGGCAUCAGUUCCACCCCCAGUCAACCUAACUACCCGUGUCACUUAGAGGGCAUAAUUGGAAUAGACCAUGAGCGUAUCAUGGGACAGGAAUAUCUCGAUCUCUCAUGCGACAUUGACGGGUUUGCACCUACAAUGCUCAAGACACUGAAAUGCGACUCGGUACUCAUAUUAGAAGAAAGCGACCCAUCAUUACAUAAACUAUUAAAUGGUAUCGGAUGGAAAGGAUAUCCGUUAGCUGAGGAAUUCGCCGUCGUAUCGAUUAAAGACGAUUUUAAAAUAGCGGCAUUUAUGGUAGUUGGCCUGAACCCUUACAGAAGGUAUAAUAGCAACUUUUGCGAGUUCUUGAAACUGGUGGCAGAUGUUGCAGCGUCACAAGUAUCGCGAGCCAGGUUAUCAGAAGAAGUCUCACGCCACAACGACUUGGCUAAACGAGCUCAGCUGGACCGUAAACGAAGCGAUAUGAGAUUCUCUCGAUUUGCCGAGCGUUCCAUUGUUGGUCUUGCGGUUACCGACGUGAAAGGCAAGAUUAUAUACGCGAAUGAUGUGUGGUAUAAAUUUUCUGGCCUAAGCCCUGCCGACCAGCAUAAUCUUAGUUGGCUCGACAGUGUAGUCCCAGAAGACGCCGAUUUACUUCGAGAAUGGCAAGAAAGAGUUCUUACUGAUAAGACGGGAGGGACAUUUCAAAUUCGCUCAAGAGAGCCAUUCCGUCGAGGCCACAUGUACUCAGAUCAUCGAACAGGGAUCUGCGCUUGUUAUUCGGACUUGAACGAGAAGGAUGAAGUUGAAAGUAUAAUGAUUUUCACAAUGGACAUAAGCGAGCUCAAGUGGACCGAGCAGCAACUUAUAUCUCGCUCGAAAGCGCUUGAGGAGUCGGAGACAAAAUGGCGGAACUAUGCGGAACACUGCCCUCUUGGAAUCUGCCGCACGGAUGGGGAUGGUUACGUCCAAUAUGGCAACAAUGCAUGGAAGUCUUUCUACGACUUUGAGCUUGAUAGUGCCUCUCCAGAUAUACCGCAGCCAUGGCUACCAUGGGUCCGAGAAGAUUACGUACAGCCGUGUAAAGACUUCUUUGCUCGACUCCAAAAGCAUACCGGGCCCGAAUCUGUUGAGUUUCAGCUAAUUGACAAAACUUAUACUAUUUCGGGUGGCGACAAUACUGUGACUAAUGGCGCCUACGUCGUCGUUACCGGGUUUUCCCAGUUUAGAGAGGAUGGGACAGUUGACCAUAUAGAUUUUUGGGUAACAGAUAUCAGCGGUCAGAAGAUGGCUGUCAAGGUUUUGACAGAUAAGAUGGAAGAGGCUAUUCGAUCAAGGACUCAACAGGAGCGGUUCAUGGACAUGAUAAGCCACGAAAUACGGAAUCCCCUAUCGGCGGUUCUGCACUGCAGCGAGGAAAUUAUCGAAUCAGUUAAGAGAAGCUUCAUCACACUAGAUGCAGUAUUCGAUGGCAAACGGUCCAUAUGCUCAAAUAACCCCGCGAAGGAGAUCUUGAAGAAUGAGAUUGCUAGCGCACUUGACGCUGCUAAUACGAUUGUAUACUGCGUACAGCACCAGAAGCAAAUCGUCGACGACGUGUUGACAGUUUCAAAGCUCGACUCUGACCUACUAGUGGUAUCUCCAAUUCCCGUCCAACCAAUGGCACUGGUCCGCUCGUCAUUAAAAAUCUUUGACGCCGAGCUAAAGAUGACAGGUAUCAAGCUGAAGGUUAUCGAGGACGAUUCCCUGACCAUGCUCAGCUUAGGAUGUGUUUUACUGGACCCGAACAGAUUCCUCCAAAUCGUCAUUAAUCUUGUCACGAACGCUAUCAAAUUCACAAAGAGCUCAAAAACGAAGGAAAUAAUUGUAGCGGUAGCCGGAACGACAUAUCGUCCUCCCGAAAGUGAAUUAGGGGUAGAUUACGUGCCCCAGAGAUAUUUACCCGCCAGCCCUGUAUUUGAUGCCUGCCCCCCUAGCAGUUUAGAAGAGCCUCGACAAGAUGCGUUUCUCUCCUUUUCCGUCAAAGACACGGGCAAGGGUUUGACAGAAAGCGAAAAAGCGCAGGUUUUUAAUCGCUUCGCUCAGGCAUCUCCGAAAACGCAUAUCGAGUACGGGGGUUCAGGUCUGGGCCUCUUCAUCUCUCGCCAGAUUACCGAGAUGCUUGGAGGCGAGAUAGGAAUGGCUAGUAGCCCCGGGUCGGGUUGCAAAUUUGCAUUUUACGUCAAGACCCAGCGUUGCGAGUUUCCUCGCCAUUCUUCGAAUGCCUCAGAACCUGUUGUUAGACUAAGUCGAUCGUUUAGCAUAGCUGCAGACGGGACCCCCCUGCCAUUGGAAGACGAAGAUGAAGUGGGUGGCUUCCCCCAAAUAUCAGAGGACCCAAGUCCUCCGCCACACGAACACCCGCCAGUCAAGGUUCUCGUUGUCGAGGACAAUUUGGUUAAUCAAAAGGUCUUGUGUAAACAGCUGCGCAACCACGACUUCAUCGUGAAAGCUGCCAACCAUGGAAGAGACGCCCUCGACGCUGUGCAGAAUAACAAACCUGAGAUCUCGCAUAUAGAGAACCCGUUCGAUGUGAUAUUGUGUGAUAUCGAAAUGCCGAUUAUGAACGGUAUUGAGUUUACGCGGGAGAUUCGGAGGCUAGAAGCAAAUGGUGAACUCGAGGGACAUAUACCAAUACUCGGAGUUACAGCCAACGUGCGUAGCAAACAGGUUAGCGGGGCUAUGGAAGUAGGCAUGGACGGCGUAACGACGAAGCCGUAUCACAUCGAGGAGCUUAUUGCCCAUAUCGGAGAUGUAUGUGCUAGGUAUUAA